UUUUUUUAUGGUGGGCAAAUUCCUUAUUCGGAUGCACGGUUAUUGCUUUGGCUGCUGAUUCGCUCCCUCAGUGUCCACAGUUCAUUUUUUAGGUUUUGCCUUCGAAACAAAGGCAAAUUUUCAUUUCUCCAUCGUCUCUUCUUCUUUGAAAUUCAGCUUACAGUAUGUCAGAAGACAUAGAAUACCGCUGUUUUAUUGGUAAUCUUUCAUGGGCAACAACAGAUAGGGGCCUAAAAGAUGCAUUUGAAAAGUUUGGAAAUCUUCUUGACGCUAAGGUUGCUGUUGACAAGUUUUCUGGCCGUUCUCGUGGAUUUGGGUUCGUCUCUUUUGAUGAUAAAGCAGCAAUGGAGGAAGCUAUUGAAGCAAUGAAUGGAAUGGAUUUGGAUGGCCGGAAUAUAACUGUUGAUAAAGCUAAGCCUCAUCAAGGGUCAGGUAGAGAUUCUGAUGGUGACCGUAGCCGCGAUCAUGGACGUGAUCAUGACCGUGAUCGUAACCGGGGCUAUGAUAGUGGGCGUGGAUCACAUGGUGGGGAGUGUUUUAAGUGUGGUAAACCUGGACACUUUGCUAGGGAGUGUCCUAGUGACGGGGGUAAAUAUGGUGGUAGGGUGGAUCGUUAUGGUGGAGGUGGUGGCAGCAGCAAUGGUCGUUAUGGUCCUGACCGGAAUGGAGAUCGAUCUGGUGGGCGCAGCAGGGAUGGAGGUAGUCGUGGGGGUGCUGGAGCUGGAGGUGAUAGAUAUAAUCGUGAUCGUUCUGGACCAUAUGAGCGUCGUGGAACUGGAGGUCAUCGUUCAUAAGAUGACUGAUUGUGCUGAUGAACUUGGGUUGCUGCUUUUAUGCUCUGUGAAGCAAGAAGUUUCUUUUUUGCACGAUAUGCUCUUUGUUGUUGUCUGGGUGGAACAAUAUAAUAGUUCUGUCCUAUGAAGUGUGAAACUUGCACGGAUCUACAACUGUGUUCUUAAAAUGCUGUGUUUGAUAUUUUGGUCCAAUGGAGUCUUGUACUUUCAUGA